UCGUCAUGUGGAUGGCGCUGGGGCAAUAAUACUAGGAAGGGAUGGAACAGACUGCCAUAAAAACACAUGCCUUCCCUCUUGUCCCUGUCUUUCAAAUCCAAUCAAUACACAUACAGCAUUCUCUUGUCAUGGCGCAGGCACACUUUCUACUGCUGUCAAUACUCGUUCUAAAUGUAUAUCAGCAAGCAGCAUUAGAAAUGAAGAGCAUCGAUCUAGAAGCACUUGCCGCCAUAAAGAACAGCCUCACCGACAUCAAUCCAGGCUCCGGCAACUUCUUCUCCACCUGGGACUUCACCUCCCCACGCCCCUGCUCCACCUUCUCCGGAGUCUCCUGCUAUCUCGGCCGAGUCACUUCCCUCACUCUCGGCACUGGCCUUUCUGAUUCACCUGGACUCGCAGGUCAGCUCUCCCCUGCACUCUCCAACCUCACCCAGCUAACGCAGCUGGUCCUCCAUCCGGGCAUUGUCACAGGCCCAAUCCCUCCCCAGCUGGCCCGCUUGGACAACCUCAGGGUCAUCUCCUUAACCAACAACCGCCUAACUGGUUCCAUACCCACCUCACUGUCCAUGCUCAGAAAGUUGCACACCCUGGAUCUGAGCCAGAACCAACUGACAGGGUCCAUUCCGCUGGGGAUUUUGACAGGACUGAGGGAGCUGAGAGUGCUCAUUCUGGCCUCCAAUUCCCUGACCGGAGAGUUCCCCAGCUGCUCCAGCGGACUGCUGCAUUUGGAUCUCAGAAACAACAGAUUAAGAGGGACACUGCCGUUGGAGAUGCCGUCGUCACUCCGUUACCUGUCCAUAUCAAGAAACGAGAUGUGGGGCCCAAUCAAUGGCCUAGAGUCGCUCCCAGAUUUGGAGCACCUAGACCUAAGCAUGAACCAAUUUAAUGGGCCCAUCCCACACGCUCUCUUAUUCAGAGUGAGAGAGAGAGGGGGUUCCCUCUCUUCACUGCUUUUGCAACGGAACAAUUUAUCUGGGGGGGUCCCACUCCCACUCCCUUCGUCAUCACCAUUAUUAAUAUCGGAGGGCUCCACGGUGGACCUGAGCCAUAACUCUUUGAGCGGAGAGUUAACGGGUGUGUUGGCGGGGGUGGAGAGUUUGUUUUUAAAUAACAACCGGUGGACAGGGAAGGUUCCAAAGGAGUACGUGGACAGCUUGUACCAGGGCACCACACAAACACUCUACCUGCAACAUAACUAUAUAACCGCAUUUCCAUUGGAUCCAAGCUUGCCAUUGCCUGACACCGUCUCCUUGUGCUUCUCCUACAACUGCAUCGCUCCUCCACUCCCCUUGGGAAUGGCCACCUGCCCUGCCAGUGCUGGCUCCCGGAUCUCCAGGCCGGAAUCGCAGUGUAUGGCAUUCAACAAUGGAAGCACCGUUCAUCAUUAGUCAUAAUGUGCAUUGCCAUACUCCAUCAUCCGGCCUACCACACGUAUAUAUGCUAGUUUAAAUCGCCGGCUUUUUAUUGUUUUAUAAUUAUUUAUAGAUUACACUGCAAUUUGAUUCACUACAAUUAUAUCAAUUCUUUUAAAUAAAAUUAUUAAUUUCAUUUGUUA